AACAAAGAUUACUUAGUCUAUGGUAUUAUGACCUCUCUAUUCUGUGCCUUAACCUCAAUUUAUGAAUGAAUAACGAAGUGUGGCGAAACAAUUGUUGCUAACAAUUAAAUAAUAUAGUGGAAAUCAAUUCAUUUUAUUUUAUUUUAUGAAUAACGAAGUGUUGUCUACUAAUCUAAAGGUAGAGAUAAAAUUAUGACUAAUUGAGGUCUAUGAAAUUUAGGAAAUUUUUAUGUAAGAAAUGGAAACAGACUCAAAAAUGUUCAAAGAUUUAUAUGGAAAAGAUGAGAAUAAUCAGGAAACAGAAAAGAUUGCAAAGGGAGAAGAUGAGAUUAAGGAUUACGAGGAGGAAAAAUCAUCAUUUGACUUUGAUGUUCAGUUUACAACUGAUGGAGAUAUCGAAGAUAUAAAGACAGAAAGCAUAGAUAUCGUUGAUCAGUAUAUUGAUGAAAAUACUGUGUAUUUGAAUAACAGAGAUCUUAAAUGCAACUUAUGUGAAUAUACAGCCAAAAAGGAAUCUAUACUCGAAAAGCAUAUAGAUUCUGUCCCUUUGAAAAAAGAAGAAUUUCAAUGUCCAUUAUGUGAGUUUACUUCAGCUAGAAAUGAAAACCUUGAAGUUCAUAUAAAUUCUCUCCAUUUGAAUAACAAAGAUCAUGAAUGCCACUUAUGUGAAUAUGCUGCCAACGAUAAAUAUCAACUCAAAAAGCAUAUAGAUUCUGUCCAUUUGAAAAAAAAAGAAUUUCAAUGUACAUUAUGUACGUUUACUUCAGCUGGAAAUGGAAACCUUAAAGUUCAUAUAAAUUCUGUCCAUUUGAAUAACAAAGAUCAUAAAUGCAACUUAUGUGAAUAUGCAGCCAACACCAAAAAUAUACUCAAAAAGCAUGUAGAUUCUGUCCAUUUGAAAAAAAAAGAAUUUCGAUGUACAAUAUGUACGUUUACUUCAGCUAGAAAUGAAAAUCUUAAAGUUCAUAUAAAUUCUGUCCAUUUGAAUAACAGAGAUCAUAAAUGCAACUCAUGUGAAUAUGCAGCCAACACCAAAAAUAUACUCAAAAAGCAUGUAGAUUCUGUCCAUUUGAAUGAAAAAGAUCAUAAAUGCCACUUAUGUGAAUAUGCAGCCAACACUAAAUAUAGACUCAAAGAGCAUAUAGAUUCUGUCCAUUUGAAUAAAAAAGAUCAUAAAUGCCACUUAUGUGUAUAUACAGCCUACACCAAAAAUUUACUCAAAAAGCAUGUAGAUUCUGUCCAUUUGAAUGAAAAAGAUCAUAAAUGCCACUUAUGUGAAUAUGCAACCAACGAUAAAUAUAAACUCAAAAGGCAUAUAGAUUCUGUCCAUUUGAAAAAAAAAGAAUUUCAAUGUACAUUAUGUAUGUUUACUUCAGCUGAAAAUAGAAACCUUAAAGUUCAUAUAAAUUCUGUCCAUUUGAAUAACAAAGAUCAUAAAUGUCACUUGUGUGAAUAUGCAACCAACUAUAAAUCUCAACUCAAACAGCAUGUAGAUUCUGUCCAUUUGAAUGAAAAAGAUCAUAAAUGCCACUUAUGUGAAUAUGCAGCCAACACUAAAUAUAGACUCAAAGAGCAUAUAGAUUCUGUCCAUUUGAAUAAAAAAGAUCAUAAAUGCCACUUAUGUGUAUAUGCAGCCUACACCAAAAAUUUACUCAAAAAGCAUGUAGAUUCUGUCCAUUUGAAUGAAAAAGAUCAUAAAUGCCACUUAUGUGAAUAUGCAACCAACGAUAAAUAUAAACUCAAAAGGCAUAUAGAUUCUGUCCAUUUGAAAAAAAAAGAAUUUCAAUGUACAUUAUGUAUGUUUACUUCAGCUGAAAAUGGAAACCUUAAAGUUCAUAUAAAUUCUGUCCAUUUGAAUAACAAAGAUCAUAAAUGUCACUUGUGUGAAUAUGCAACCAACUAUAAAUCUCAACUCAAACAGCAUGUAGAUUCUUUCCAUUUGAAUAAAAAAAAAAAAUAAAUGUCACUUAUGUGAAUAUGCAGCCAGCACUAAAUAUAUACUCAAAAAGCAUGUAGAUUCUGUCCAUUUGAAUGAAAAAGAACAUAAAUGCCACUUAUGUGAAUAUGCAGCCAACACUUAAUAUAGACACGAAACGCAUAUUGAUUCUGUUCAUUUGAAUAAAAAAGAACAUAAAUGUCACUUAUGUGAAUAUGCCAACGAUAAAUAUCAACUCAAAAAGCAUAUAGAUUCUGUCCAUUUGAAAAAAAAAGAAUUUCAAUGUACAUUAUGUACGUUUACUUCAGCUAGAAAUGAUAACCUCAAAGUUCAUAUAAAUUCUGUCCAUUUGAAUAACAAAGAUCAUAAAUGCCACUUAUGAGAAUAUGCAGCCAACACUAAAUAUAUACUCAAAAAGCAUAUAAAUUAUAUCCAUUUGAAUAAAAAAGAACAUAAAUGUCACUUAUGUGAAUAUGCAGCCAACGAUAAAUAUCAACUCAAAAAGCAUAUAGAUUCUGUCCAUUUGAUUAAAAAAGAAUUUCAAUAUCCAUUAUGAAUUCACUACAGCUAGAAAUGAUAACCUUAAAGUUCAUAUAAAUUCUGUCCAUUUGAAUAACAAAGAUCAUAAAUGCCCACAUGUGAAUAUGCAGCCAACUAUAAAUCUCAACUCAAAAAGCAUGUAGAUUCUUUCCAUUUGAAUAAAAAAAGAAAAGUAAAUGUCACUUAUGUGAUUAUGCAGCCAACAAGAAAGUUUACCUCAAAAAGCCUAUGGAUUGUGUCAUUUGAACAAAAAGAAUUCACAUGUCAUUUAUGCGAGUUUGUUACAGCUGGUGAAGGAAGGCAUGUAUAUUGUAU